GACUGCAUCCAUCCUCCACCGACAGCUUUCUGUGCGCAGCAUCCGCAACUGCGUGGUGGUGGUCCAUACCCUCACUCAUUUGUUCCCUCCCUCUUUGUCUCUUCUCCGCUCCGUGUGUGCGCGGAGUUCGUUUCAGAGAGAGAGAGCUUCUCGGGACGCGUCGCGCCGAUCAGUGAAUCGAGUGAACCGAUAUCCCGUCGUUGAAAUCAAAGGCAGGAAGUGUGUGUGAAGCCGAUGAAGGCGCGUAAGAGUCGCGACAAGAGUAAGUUCGGACGACCGGUACGACGACUGUAGGGUGCCGAUCGAGCUAUCUCCUUCCUCCUGUGACGUACGUGUGGGCCAGUCGAUGUACCGCUUGACGUGCGACGUGCACAGCCAUUGACUUGGGGCCAGUCGAUACUCAGCGGAGAGCGUCGUUGACAAGCGGAAGUGACAGCCGGGGGGGGGUGAUAAGCCUAAACCUACCGAAUGCAGCACGAAGAGGGAGAGCUUGAAGGACUCGGGGGCGUUUUAGGGAGUUCCGGGGGCGCUGCGUUAGCCCUUAGCGGCCGACACAAGCCGGAGGAACUCGCCACUCUCGCGGCUACCACUAGGUUUUCCAGGAAGGAGAUCCAGCUAAUCUAUCGAGGCUUUAAGCAGGAGUGCCCGUCCGGCCUGGUUGAUGAAGACGCCUUCAAGCAGAUAUUCUCACAAUUCUUUCCACAGGGAGAUGCAAGCCAAUACGCUCAUUACGUCUUCAACACCAUGAAGAGGAAACCGUCGGGCAAAAUUAGCUUUGAGGAGUUCCUUUCUAUACUGUCGAAAGUAUCGAGAGGAUCGGUGGAGGAGAAGCUGCAGUGGGUGUUCGGGCUAUACGAUUUGGACGGGGAUGGAUUGAUAAGUAAGGAGGAGAUGUUGGAUGUCGUGGGGUCUAUCUAUGAGAUGCUGGGCCGUUACACGCAACCGCAAAUCGCCGAACCACACGUGGCUGCUCGCGAACACGUCGAUCGCAUCUUUCACUUGAUGGACGCGAAUAAGGACGGCGUAGUGACCAUCGAAGAGCUGGUGCAAUGGUGCUCGAAGGACGAACAAUUGUUACGAAGUCUCGAUACUCUGGACACUGUAUUAUGAAAUCUCAUCGUUCUAUCGGAAACUAUUAACGUAUUAUCAGUUUCGAGCAAUAAUAACGAGGCACGUGAAGCAUCUCGAUUUCUUUUCGAUCCAUCUCUUUUUCGCAAGUAAAGAAGGGAUACGAAAGUUGUGUCAAUGAUAAGAUAAUUGCGUUUCAAAAACGAUAAAAUCGAUCAAAAGUAUUUCAAAAUUUCCCAAAAUAAGGAACGGAAGUCUCUAAGUAAUAUUUUGUAAAUCUAAGUGAAUCGUGAAAUUUGCGUAAAAGUUUAUGUAAAUCUCGUCAUAUCAUCGCAAACUUAUGAUUUACAGAGGUAAUACAUAAGAUAAAUCAAGACGCCAUUUGAGGCGAGAGAAAACCAGUGUAGUGAACCGAGAUAUCAUUGCUCGAGACGUAUCUUAAGGGAAAGACGUUGGAGAACCCUUCCGCACGUGUCUUUGUAAAUAUAUAUGUACCCGGUUUACCUACCCAGUCUUUCAUGUACAACACUUCCGGUACGUCAUAUGACGAUCGAAGGGACCUGAGAGAACCGACGAUUUAGUUCAGCUUUGGAGUUCGUUGAAAGCCUUUACAGCUGCGAGAUUUUGAAUCGUUGAGAAAUUAUUACUAUAUUAAAUUAUUUUCAUUAUUAUAUUGAUUAAUUCAUUAUUAUAUUAUAUUAUUUU